UUUUUUCGUCUGACAGAACACCAUAUUUGAUAUUUCUUCGUUUCUAGGGCUCGCACUUUACUCCUCUUUUCUUCUCGAUCUCUCCCUCUCAAUUUGGGCUUUCGUCUCUCUAAACUCGCUCUGGAAUUUCAGUCUUCAAUUCGAGGUUCGUCAAUUGUAGUGUUUAUCUGGUCGAGGUGAAGACUGAAGAGUGAUGUGCUUGAGUUAUGGCGCUUAAUUUUCCUGCUUCUAAGGCGGCCGAGAUAGCCAUUGCGUCUAUUGGUCGUGGAUACGACAUAACGGCAGAUCUAAGACUCAAGUACUGUAAAUGGGAUUUGCAUAGGUCUCGGUUGAUAGAAAUUGAUGAAGAUGUGGGCCAUGAGAUUGUUCUUCCGGGUGGGAUUUCAAUCCCAAAUGUGCCCAAAUCAAUCAAGUGUGACAAGGGGGAGCGGACAAGGUUCAGGUCUGAUGUUCUCUCUUUCCAGCAGAUGUCAGAGCAGUUCAAUCAGGAGAUGACUUUGACUGGCAAAAUUCCUUCAGGUCACUUCAACACCAUGUUCGAGUUUUCAGGAUGUUGGCAGAAAGAUGCAUCGAAUACUAAGAAUCUAGCCUUCGAUGGGGUCUUCAUUACACUGUACACAGUUGCUUUGGAAAAAUCACAGAUGGUACUCUGCGAUCUUGUGAGGAAAGCUGUGCCAUCAUCUUGGGACCCUGCUGCACUAGCAAGGUUUAUCGAAACCUUUGGCACCCACAUUAUUGUUGGCUUAAAGAUGGGUGGAAAGGAUGUAAUAUAUAUGAAGCAGCAGCAUUCGUCUACUCUUCAACCUUCUGAAGUGCAGAAGAGAUUGAAGGAAAUGGCAGAUAAAAGGUUUUCAGAGACUAUUGGACCUUAUGGAAUGGACUCUGAACGGAUUUACAACAAUGACAGGGAUAUUGCAACCAUUUUCAAGAGAAGAGGUGGAAUUGAAAGUAUCAACCUCCCUCAUCAUGAGUGGUUGCAGACAGUUCAGUUGGGGCCAGACGUGAUCUCAAUGUCCUUUAUCCCAAUUACUUCUUUGUUGAAUGGAGUUCCAGGAAGUGGAUUCUUGAGCCAUGCAAUAAAUCUUUAUUUGCGAUACAAACCCCCAAUUGAAGAGCUUCAUCAAUUUCUGGAGUUUCAGCUCCCAAGGCAAUGGGCGCCGAUAUUCAGUGAGCUUCCACUUGGUCCGCAGCGGAAACAUCAAAACUUGGCAUCUCUUCAGUUUAGCCUUAUGGGAUCAAAGCUUUAUGUGAAUACCACUCCAGUUGAUGUAGGUAGGAGGCCAGUUACAGGUCUCCGGCUUUAUUUGGAAGGUAAAAGAAGCAACUGUUUAUCCAUCCACUUGCAGCACCUUUCCUCUUUACCCAAAAUUUUUCAACUUACGGAGGAUCCAAAUGGCAACUUCCAUCCGGAGUCAUAUGAUCGCAGAUAUCUCGAAAAAGUUCAGUCCAAGUACUUCUCUCACGUGUGCACUGCUCCUGUCGAGGCCGACGAGGAUCUCUCAAUAGUAACUGGCGCACAGUUACAGGUUGUAAAUCAUGGGAUGAGAAACAUUCUUUUUCUCCGACUCCGCUUCUCUUCGGUUUUGGGAGCUACGGUUGUAAAGCAAGCAGAGUGGGAAGGUUCUCCUGGACUGGCAGCCAAAUCUGGACUCAUAUCAACACUAAUCAGUCAUCAUUUCUCAACAGUUCAGAAACCACCUCCAAAACCAGCUGAUGUGAAUAUAAACUCUGCUAUAUAUCCUGGGGGUCCACCAGUGCCUGUACAGGCUCCCAAGCUCCUGAAAUUUGUAGAUACCACUGAAAUGAAGAGAGGACCCCAAGAAACUCCUGGGUAUUGGGUUGUCUCUGGGGCAAGACUCAUGGUGGAGAAGGGCAGGAUCUCCCUCCGGGUUAAGUUUUCUUUAUUAACCAUAAUAUUACCCGACGAAGAAGAAAUCAAUGACAAUUAGAUCGUUUUGUUCGGUUGUUCAAUGCCAAAUAUGAAUGGAAGUUUGCAUAGUAAUGGAGGUGGAUUAUAGACUCCCAAGAAUAACAGGAAGCAGCACGUUUAAGACCAAGCAUAAGUGGAGUGAGAGGUCUCGAUCGCUGCGAAAAAGAGGACUGGGAAGGUUAGUGUUAGAUCCCUCUUAGGACAAUCCAACUUCAGCAAAAGAAAUGAAAGGAACUUGAGGGGUGAAGCAAUGUGGAAAGACAAUGUUGGAUGACUCUACUGUGAAUUCAGUAACAAUUCAAAAGAGUCGUCAUCUGUGAUUUACUUUUUCGUGUAUGUAAUACGAAUUCACUGCAUCAAAGGUUUUAGAGCCUUUGUCCCCAUAUUGUACAUAACAUUUUCAGGUCUUCUGUGGAUAAGUAGAGAUUUCAAAUGUUUUUCUUAUGUCUGUAACCAUUUAUGAGAGCUUUUAUAUAGACAUUUUCCUUUUUAUUUGCUGAA